CGUGGUGUUCUUUGGGAACUGGAUCUGAAUCCACUCCGGGUUUUCACGACGCUCCCACUUUAUCCGUAAAGCUAUGUGUUUUCUGUGUGAGAGACGCCGACUCUUGUUUGGAGCAGCGAUUCCACGGAGGGGCUGAAACCCGCAACAGCCUGCGCUAACCGAGGGCGAGUCAGAACCAUUUCAUCCUCUGGACUUUACGCGCAACCGGACUUUUUUUUUUUUUUUCCUGCGUUUUUUUUCACGUUGGUGUGGGGAUAAGAGCAAAAAAAGAAGAAUCACUCGUAAAAGGCAACUGCGUGGCCACGCUCUCCCUCCCACCCCAGCCGAGGUCGUCUAGCUGGAGAUCCAUUCUCUUGCGUGGCACAAGUCUGGUAUUUUCUUUCAGCUGCAAACACAGACUGACGGAGGGGAUCAGUCCAAGAGGAGCUAACGGGAGAAAUUUGGUUUUUAAACCGAGGCGGAACUGCUCUGCGGGGAUCUUACUAUAACCUGUGCUUGCUGGAUGGCAUAGGCAAAAACGGGGGGGUUUUCAUUCAUUUUUCAGCCCCUCUCAGCCACCACCCCUGUGGAUCUGUCCGUGUGUUUUUUUUCACCCUCCUCUUCAUCAUUCAGUCUUGUUCACGAGUGGAAUGCUGUGAACGAUUUAUUGGGCUGCUUGUGGAAUAAUAAAUAAUAAUAAAAAAAAUCUAGGCAGACUUGUGUUUUUAUCAUCCACGCUAGGCCUUAACACAUUGGAGGCGCACUGCUGUUUUUAAGAGAUGGAGAAUGAAGAUGGGGAUUACCAUCAUUUAUCCAGGAAAAUCACUGGCUCGUGUACCACACCAGCCAAAGUGUACAGUGAUGGGCAAAAAUAGCAGAUUGCAUUUUUGGGAUUUUUCUUUUCGAUCAAAAACGCCUCCCCUCUUCAAUCAAAUCGCAUUUAUUUAUAUUUUCAACUAGCUCUACAUAAAAAACGCACUUUUGGAGGCUGCUAAAGAGUAGCCUUUCGGGCUACAGACAUUUAUUAUUCCUUUUUUAUUUUUUCAAUUUCUGAUUUUAUUUUAAUGUGCAAGAUCUCUUGCGAGGGGUGGACGUGUACGAACCUGUUAUUUUGUUUUAUUUUUAUUUUUUGCGUUUUUUGAAAGGAAAAUAAUGAACGAGGGAGCAGAAACAUCGAUGGGUAGCCUGACCUUGUUUUGGGGUUUGCUGCUGUUUUUUUCUUCUGUCUGCGUACGAUCCACUCAUGGAGAGAUCUGUAGCCCGAGUAUUGACAUCCGGAAUUACAUAAGUGAAUUCCAGGCUCUUGAGAACUGCACAGUGUUGGAAGGUUUCCUACAAAUCGUUUUAAUCAACGAAAAGACAAGCAACAUCAACCAGGAGGUCUUCCGCACCCUCAGCUUCCCGAAGCUGACCGUCAUCACCGACUAUCUGCUGCUGUUCCGCGUUCCUGGCCUAGAUAGCCUCAGCACGCUCUUCCCCAACUUGAGCGUCAUUCGGGGCCGUAAUCUCUUAUAUGGAAAUGCUUUGGUGAUCUAUGAGAUGACCAACCUAAAGGACAUUGGCCUUUACAACCUGAUGAACAUCACCCGUGGGGCAGUGCAGAUUGAAAAGAACCCAGAGCUCUGUUUCCUGGACUCGGUGGACUGGUCUCUGAUCAUGGACAGCAAUGUUAAUAAUGUUAUAACUGGGAACAAGAAGUCGAAGGAGUGCGAUGAUGUCUGCCCAGGCACGAUGGAGGACAACCCUACAUGUCAGAGGACAUUGGUCAAAGGCAACAAUGACUACCGCUGCUGGGCAUCGAAGCAUUGUCAGAAAGUGUGUCCUCAACAGUGCAAGUUGGCUUGUAUGGACAAUGGGGAGUGUUGCCACAGUCAGUGCUUGGGGGGCUGCUCCGAGCCCAACAACGACAUGGCCUGCUCGGCGUGCAUCCACUACAAACACGAGGGUCGCUGCGUGCCGGACUGUCCUGAAGGCACCUUCAUGUUUGAGGGCUGGCGCUGCAUCACCAAGAGGGAGUGCUCUGAAGUGCACCUCUCCAACGACAAUCCCUUUGUCAUCCACAACAGAGAAUGUAUGAAUGACUGUCCCUCUGGCUUCACUCGCAGUGAAACUGAUCGGAUGCUGUGCACCGCUUGCAAUGGUCUGUGCGACAAGUUCUGUACCUCUUCUGUUAUUGAUUCUGUGGAUGCUGCUCAGUCCCUGAAGGAGUGCACCGUCAUCGAAGGCAAUCUGGUCAUCAACAUCCGCAACGGAAUUAAUAUAGCCUCAGAGCUGGAGACCUUCAUGGGACUGAUCCAGACAGUGAUGGGAUAUGUGAAAAUUCGACACUCUCACUCUCUCAGCUCGUUGUCCUUCCUGAAAAGCCUCCGAUACAUCAACGGAAGGGAACUUAUUGAAGACACUUAUUCGUUCUCCGCCGUCAACAACCAGAAUCUGCAGUCCUUGUGGAAUUGGACCCAGCACAACCUGACUAUUCAGGCAGGGCGUAUCUUCUUCCGUGGAAACCCGAAGCUUUGCAAGUCUGAGAUUCACGCCAUGUGGGAAAAAACGGGCAUAACUGUAAAGCCAGAAGAGGGUGAUUUCCGCUACAACGGUGAAAGAGCCAGCUGUGAAAGUCACACCUUGAAGUUCAAGUCUAACAUUACAACAAGCAACACAAUCACGCUGACGUGGGAACGCUACCAAGUCUCUGACCGUGGAGAUCUCUUAAGCUUCAUAGUCUACUACAAGGAGUCACCUUCCCAGAAUAUCACAGAGUUUGAUGGCCAGGAUGGCUGUGGCUCCAAUAGCUGGCACAUGGUGGACGUAGACCUUCCACAGGACAAAAAUACAGAUCCCAAAUUUACUCUUCAACAUCUCAAACCCUGGACCCAGUACGCCAUUUAUGUGAAAGCCACCACCCUGCAGAUGAAGGACGAACACAUCUCUGGGGCUAAAAGUGACAUCAUUUAUAUCCACACACGACCUUCCUUGCCGUCUGUGCCCAAAGAUGCCCAUGCAUAUGCCAACUCUUCAACCAAGUUGAUAGUGAAGUGGUCACCUCCAGUUUUUCCCAACGGCAAUCACAUUUACUACCUGGUGCGCUGGCAGAGGCAGCAUGAAGACCAGGAGCUCUACAAGUAUAAUUACUGCUCCAAAGGGCUGAAGUUACCAAUCCGGAGCCCAUCAAUAGAGCCCACAGAGGGGAAAGAUCACCUAACCCCCCCCAAAAUUACUCUGCCUGGGGAAAAAAUGGAACAGUGCUGUCCUUGCCAGAACACACCUGAAGAGAAGGACAAGAACAAGCAUGACCACUACUUUUUAAAAGCUUUUGAGAACUUCCUCCAUAAUGUCAUCUUUCUUCCAAGACCUCCAGAUCGUCGUCGCAGAGACCUUUUUGGUCUUGCUAACAACACUCAGUUUCACGACAGCAGUCAGAGCAAUACUACCCUUGGCUCAGGGGAUAACAGCACACAUGUCAUCCCUCCUGUCAUUGAGUAUCCCUUCCUUGAUGACAGAACGUCAACAGAAUCUCUAGAAAUCUCUGACCUAAAGCCUUUCACCUUGUACCUUAUUGAAAUCCACGCCUGCAACAAGGACCUGGGCUACAACUGCAGCAUCGGAGCUUUUGUUUUUUCUAGGACUAAACCUGCCGCUAAAGCAGAUGACAUCCCUGGGAAGGUUGUCUAUGAAAUCUGUGACAAGACCGAGGGGUGUGUGGUGCUGCACUGGUCAAAGCCCGUCAAUCCUAACGGACUUAUUCUGAUGUAUGAGAUCAAGUACCGUCUGGGAAAUGAGCCUGAGAAGCAUAAGUGUGUGUCGCAUCAGCAGUACCACAAAUACAACGGAGUUCGCUUGACAAUCCUGAGCUCCGGGAACUACUCUGCUCAAGUGAGGGCCACGUCUCUGGCAGGAAAUGGCUCAUGGACAGAGAGCAUCUUCUUCUACGUGCCUCCGCCUAAACGAGAUGAUUUUGCGACGCUCUACUUGGUCAUCAUCCUGCCCAUUAUAGCGGCUCUCGUAAUCGCAAGCCUCACCACCAUUCUCUUCAUCAUCAACAAAAAGAGAAACAACAACAGACUUGGGAAUGGAGUCCUUUAUGCAUCUGUCAACCCAGAGUACAUCAGUGCGGCUGAAAUGUACACUCCAGAUGAGUGGGAGGUGGCCAGGGAAAAGAUCACCAUGCACAAGGAGCUGGGGCAGGGCUCCUUCGGCAUGGUGUACGAAGGCACAGCCAAAGGCGUCAUCAAGGAUGAACCUGAGACACGGGUGGCGAUCAAGACGGUGAACGAGUCAGCAAGCAUGAGGGAGCGGAUAGAGUUUCUGAACGAGGCGUCCGUGAUGAAAGAGUUCAACUGUCAUCAUGUGGUGCGGCUGCUGGGUGUGGUCUCUCAGGGACAACCAACCUUGGUUAUCAUGGAGCUGAUGACCCGUGGGGAUCUCAAGAGUCACCUCCGCUCUCUUCGUAAUGAAAACACCACCUCUCAGGUCUUGCCCCCGCUGAAAAAGAUGAUCCAGAUGACGGGGGAGAUUGCAGACGGCAUGGCUUACCUGAACGCCAACAAGUUUGUCCACAGAGACCUGGCUGCCAGGAACUGCAUGGUAACGGAGGACUUUACGGUGAAGAUAGGAGAUUUUGGCAUGACCAGAGAUAUUUAUGAGACGGAUUACUAUCGAAAAGGAGGAAAGGGCCUGCUGCCAGUUCGCUGGAUGUCUCCAGAGUCACUGAAAGAUGGCGUCUUCACAACAAUGUCUGAUGUUUGGUCAUUUGGUGUCGUGCUGUGGGAGAUCGCCACCUUAGCUGAACAGCCUUACCAGGGCAUGUCCAAUGAACAAGUGCUGCGCUUUGUCAUGGAAGGGGGACUCCUGGACAAACCCGACAACUGCCCGGACAUGCUGUUUGAGCUGAUGAGGAUGUGCUGGCAGUACAACCCCAAGAUGCGUCCGUCCUUCCUGGAGAUCAUCAGCAGCAUCAAAGGGGAUUUGGAUCCCCACUUCCAGGAGGUGAGCUUCUUCUACAGUGAGGAGAACAAGCCGCCGGACAUGGAGGAGCUCGACAUGGAGGUGGAGAACAUGGAGAACAUUCCACUGGACCCUGUAUCUACCAGGCAACCAUCAGCUGCUGGCGUACCCCCGUCUGGGUGUAUGGGAAGCAGGUCACCUCCUUCCUCGCAGCAGUUGUCCCCCUUGCAAGGCCCAAGUACUCCCUUACUAGGAUCUGUGUCCCAUUCGCCACCGGGGCCUCUGCCCUCGGCCAUGACGUCUUCGGGACAGGGCUCGGACAAGCACUCAGGACAUGCUUUGGCCAACGGGCCUGUGGUGGUCCUGCGACCCAACUUUGAUGAGUUGGAGCCGUACGCGCACAUGAACGGAGGCAGAAAGAACGAACGGGCGUUACCGCUGCCCCAGUCGUCGGCCUGCUGAUAUCAGUCCAGCAUCUCCUCUUCUGCUCACACAGGGUAACUAAAACCUCUCAGUCUCUUCAGGAGAGUUGAGCGAGGUAAGAAAAUUACUUUGUUUCUACUGUGUGCCACUAGAUGGGCUCUCCACUCCAUUUAAGGUGUGGAACGACCAGAGAACACAAACUCUGAGAACUGUAUGCCAGUGUGGAGUUUGGUGGCUCAGACACACUGGGGGACUCCUUCCUGUGCGGCCUACAUUGUUAAAUACAAGCCCUUCAAGAAGGAAAACAACAUAAGGAUGUAUAUUGGCACACAGACUUCUACAUGAACUCAAGAAAAAAACUUUUUAGCAUAUCUGCCAGCAAAACCAACAGAAGAGCACUUUUGUCCUGAGGAUUUCAGAGAGGAUGUGAUGAAUAUAUUGAGCAUCUAUUUAUAGAAUCCCGUCAUUCUCUCUACAUUAUGGUAAAGCUCCUCCUUUUUGUGAGCCAGCCGGGUUCAUGUUGUGUGGCAAAAUCUCCUUUAAAAAUAAGACUCUUAAAUAUUAUUAUUUUCUACGUGAUCCUGUCAGGUGUGAGUUAAAUUGGUAGGCCUGUUUUGUAUCUGCCAAACUUUUGCCAAAUCAAGCUUUUCCUUCAGUCUCCUAAGGGUGUCCUCUUUUUUGUUAAAAACUGUGAUUCAGAGUUAAUGAUAAAUCAAAUCCUCCUGUGCAAUAAAGAAAAAAAAAAUUACUUGCCAUAUAACUUAAAAUGUUUUACUAAAUUUAAAUGCAAGGGUUGCCAGAUCAUGCGGGGUCAAAUAACACAUCAUAAACAGAAGCCAGCCCAAACACAAUGCCAGGUACAAGACUCUACUUAAAGAAGGGACUGUCAAGUCAUAAGCAGCCGCAAUAUUGUGAUUGGAGAUGGAGAAUGCAGGCUUUGAAUUUGAUCGCACUAUUUUGUGCUAUUUAUGUUGAUGGCGAUAAAAGCUGAAAAUAAAUAAUCAUUUUGGCUGUAAAUCUGUUACUACAUACAGUCAGAUCCUCAAGGACAAACAUUGAAACUAAAACUACAGUACAGUAUUCAUUCCAAUCAAUCCUACUUUUAAAAAUAAUAACCACACUGUAUGCAUUGAAAAAUAGUUCAUUAAGCAAACAAUAAAAUUGAUCUUUAGUUCUGAACAACAAUCCCUCCAUAUUAAUUAAACAAAAAGUAGAUCAAGGUUUUAAAAAUUCAUAUUCGAGGCAUAAAACGUAAGACACAGGGCUGGGUGAUACAAUGUAAAAAUAUUUCAAUAUAUUUAGGAUUUAUAGCAUUACAUAGCGAGACAUGUAAAUUCAUUCCUAAUCACUCUAAUUACAUUCAACCUCUGACUUCAGUGGCAAAACACAACUCAGAUUUAUCAGGAUAAUAAAAGUUGCAGCUGUCCUCUCACAUAAUCCAGCAUUAGAAUGACUUAACGAGUCUGGCUCCAAAGGUUAAGAUACUAUUUGGGUCUCAUUUUGAAAAGAAUAGAUUUGACUGGCAACUAUUUUUGCAAAAACCACGCGCUAACUGAUAUUACAGGGAAAAUAUAAAUCCCUGUUACCACUGACAGCUGACAAGAUUGGAAAACUUUUAACUACUAAACAAAAUAUCCGAAUAAACUGUUUGCACAGCAUGAGAGAGCUAACAUGAGACAUGCUUUGACACAUCAGCGAUUUAAACACAUGGGAAAUAAAUGGAGAAUCUUGUCAUGAAAAAUUAUUAGAAGUUACUCUGUAGGGUUUAAAAUUAACAAUACAGUACAAUCUGUCUAGAAACUGAUUAUUCAAUAAAUAUUUAGCAUAAUAUUAACACCCGGCAGAAUAAAAAUUUAAAAAGGCGGUUUCAUAGAGGCAUCAAAUUCCUAACACUUUAUCGUUAGUACUGGUAUUGAGAAAGGUCACAUAAAACUACUCUUUGUUUGCUGGCUGCCUAGUGUUGUAAGUGUUUUAGCUUUGUAGACACUCCCAUCAACACAUGGUGCCUUGACGAUCUUUGUGCUGCAGCCCUCAACUAGUCUUUCCCUCUUUUGUAAGAUCAUUAGCCAAAAUGUAGCUUUUAACAAAACUUGAGCAGCUUUUGUGGCAAUGAGCAGAUGGCUCUCUCAUCCAGGAUGAUAAAAUGUCAAAGUUGUUUCAAGUGUAUCACUUUAAAAGUCCAUGAUGUAGGACUGUUUUCAUUCAUCCAUCCAUUUUCUGGUCACCCUUGUCCAUAAUGGGGUCGAGAGGGUUGCUGGUGUCUAUCUCCAGCUACGUUCCGGGCAAGAGGCGGGGUCACCCUGGACAGGUCGCCAGUCUGUCGCAGGGCAACACAGAGACAUACAGAACACACAACCAUUCACACACACACUCACACCUAGGGAGGACUGUUUUCAUUUGUAAGCCUACUUAUUUGUUAAUUUAGCAUCCGUCAUUAAAAACUAAAUUGUUGGGCUGUUAUUUUUACCUCUGUCACAACUUGUAAACAGUCUAGAUGCUAAAGAGAUUUAUUUAUUUAUUUUUAUUGGCUGGGGGAGAUCUGGGUAAGGGAUUUGAUCUGCAUUAAGAAAAAACAUAUUUAUCACCCAGUCCCAAGUCAAAUUACCAGAAACCACUUAAGCCUAAUCAAUUAAACAAUCAGUUCAAAAAUCAAUCCCAGAUGAGCCCCAAAAUUAUUAUGGCUGAAACUCAGUAUUAAGACAGAAUAGCCCAGUUUGGCUGAGCUUUGAGAAAUUUAUAUAAACAGGAGAGAAAAAUGCUGAAAAUGCUGUACUAGUAUUUGUAACAUGCCUCACAUCAUGCAGCAUAGCUUGUGCUCUUUGACAAAGAGAAAGUACAGCUGUGACAUUACAUUGUUUCAAACUGAUGUAAAAAUGUGGUUUCGCACAGAAUGAACCAAAAAAUAUAACAUAUCAGCAUGGUACAGAUGUACUCAAAUCAUGUUAUAAAACAUUUGAAAAUUUGAUUAUAAUUUAUUAAUGACAUUCAACUACCAAUAGUACCUGCAGUUCUUGAAUCUGGAUCAAAAAUGAAGUUCUUGUAGCAUUUUGAUUAGUGUAUGAUAUAAAAUUGAUUUCUUUGGGGGGGGGGGGAGUAACUAAAUAAUAACCACAACAAUUAAAAAAUGUCUUCCUCCUCAAGAAAACCCCUUUUUACAUAUGUUUGGUCCAAAAAAUCAACAACUCUGAAUUACCAUCUCAGUCUAUUCUUUAGUUUGAAAUAUGUUUCAGUGCAAAUCAUUGGUCCUCUAGAGCUGAUAACCCAGCUUGUCACCCUGCUUUACUUUCUCAAAGUUUUGAGAUGAACAUUGUUCAGGCCCAACAAAUUGGAGGCAUCAAUCGAGAGGCUGUUGGAUCAGAUUUAGUAGCCUAGAGGCAAACGUUCAAGUCUCUACAAAUGGUCAUUAUUGGUCUUUCUUGCAUUUCAAACACACAGGAAAGGUCUUACAGUUGCAUUUUAGACUGCAGGAUCAUUUUUAUACACAUCAUUGGGUUUUGUCACUUUUAAAAAAAAUUAAUAAAUACAACUUUUUUAUACUUUUAAAAAUGUUUGCCUCUAUGUCUGUACAGAACAAAGCUGCUAUUUUAUUCUUUUUCUGUUUUUGGAUGUUAUAUAUAUAAAUAUAUCUAUAUAUAGAGAAAUCCUUCAGGUUUGCUAUUUUAUGAUCUCCACAGCAGUCCCUUUUUAUAUCUUUAAGCUCUGUUUAAAACAAAAAAUAAAAUAGAAAGUUACCCCUCAAGAUUUUGAGUAACACUAAAUUUCAUUCAUUGCCUUUUUUAAUGACUCUGUCUCUUGUUGUUUGACAAUAUAUAUAAUUAUUAGAGAUGAACAUGUUAGCUCGAUGUGUGAGCUUGUACUUCUGCACCCUUUGUUGUUGUUUUUUUUCUAUUAUUAUUGUUUAGCACUGUGCCUAGUGUUGCCCCCUAGGUACGAUUUAAUCUCAGGUUACAGUAAAGGCUUUGCUUUCCCUACACAUUCUCCUCUCCUUUACUUGCCUCACCUUUUGCCCUUUUCCAAGUCACCCCUCUCAUGUUUUCUAAAGUGAAACAGUUUCCUCUUCCCUUCCCUUUGCUGGUCUCUAACAACAAACCUGCGCCUCCUUUCAAAGUCAGGAUUAGCUCCGACAUACAAGACGGCACUUCAGACCAGAUCUGGUUUGCAAACCCAUCCACCUCACGCCUAAUCUCCAGUAAAUAGGGCUAACUGGGUUCUCUUGUUUGCCUUAACUAUGUCAACCAUAUAUCCUAAGCAUUUAAAGUUUGCAAUUUUCAUUUUAUCCUCUCAAGCACAAAAUGACAUCAUUCCUGCUAGUAUCAAAAUUUCAAGAUGAGAUUUCAAAAGCCGCAUCUGAAAGCCAAAUAAAGGAUGGGUUAAAGUCCAGGGAAGGGAACAAGUUUCAAUGUCACAAUUGAAAAUAAAAGGUCUUAAAAUGGCUGAAUAGUAAAAAGUGUGUUGAAGGAUUUAUAAUGUUGCCUGGUGAUUUUCUUUUUUUUUUUCUCCUCUUAAACUUAUUUUCCUUGUAGGAGUGUUUGUUUAUUUAUUUAUUGUUGUAUUUUCCUUUUGAAUACCAGUAAAAAUCACUGUAAAAAUGCCCCAUAAAUAAGUACAAACUUGGUUUAAUAUUUUUAUUAUUUUAUGUAUGCAUUGUCCUUGAGGUCAUGGCGAGGGUACUUGUUUUUUUUAUUUUAUUUUUUUUUUUUUUUUUUCAAUUCAGGCAUAUAUCUACCUCACUCUUUUUAAAUAUGUGUAUAAGCAAAAACAAAUACAUCUCACUCUUAAAUUUUAGGAGAAACCUCACCUAGUUAAAUUUUUAAAAAGUCCACAGGGAUCUAGAUAAAACCUCAUAUAAAGCAGACCGGGACAAAGGUGGAAUGAGUUCGGCCCGUGAAUGCCCACACGACUGGUUUUACAAAAAAAAGUUUCUAUCUCAAAUUUAGAAUAAAGACACCACAGAGCUGACAAAACUUCACAGUUUUUCAGCUGGAUCAUAAACAACCGGUGUGAAUCAGUACAUGAUGAAACAGAGCCAAACAUUCCAUCUCCACCGAGUUCCGACCUAUUGUCACAACCUUCAAAUCCUCAAACCACAACCAUCAGAAUCUCAUCGAAAAUGUAUUUAUAAAAAAAAAAUCUUAAAAAGAUGACACAGGAAAUAUUAAGAAAGGGAAAUGUAUUAUUUACCUCCAAGAAUAAAAAAAAACACACUACAUAUAUAUGCGGUUCUACUUGCAGGUGAUAUGCCAUUUUAAAACCUUUACUUUAUUCCAAAACCGACAGCAUUUAAUUUCUGCCUGAAGUAUCGAUAAGUGUUGUGAAUGUAACAAGGACAGAUAUGUAGUUUUCACACAGAGCAUCUAAGAAAAAGGAAAAUCUCACCUUGUACCUGUUUCUACCUUCUGUAAGCAUAAAAAAAAAAACACUUUUCGCUUAUUAGUGGCAGAGAGCUAAAAAGCCACUAUUUAGUUUUAUCAUUUCUGUAAACUCUAUGUGGUUCUUUGUCAUGUAUCGAUUAGAAAUGUUGUGUCCAUGUGAUUUUCUUAGUUUUGAUCUUUCAGACAUUACAAUGGAUAUAAAAAGUUUACACACCGCUGGUAAAAUGCCAGAUUUCAAGAGUUGGACCAAGAUAAACCAUUUCAGAAUUUUAACCCUCUCUAAUGGGGACACAUUUACAGUACAACAGUGUUUUGAGUGGGUCACAUUAAACUAUGUUGUAUUGGACCAUUCAAUCUAAGCUUCAAGGCAUGACACUACCACCAUUUUGCAUCACUGAGUGUAUGAGGGUUUUUUUUAUUUUUUAUUUUUUUACUAAGGUGCCUUGUUUGUUCUAAACAGCUUUUUAAAAUCAUAGCCCCAAAAAAUUAAACACUGGUUUUGUUGAACUGCAACACGUUUUCAUGUCAUGGGUUAGGGAAAUGUCAAAAGUGUUUUUUGCAAAAUUGGAUUGGAUUCCAGUUUGUCAUUCUACUCCUUAGCCUAGACACAUAAAGAACACAGGAGGCCGUCAUCUCACAUGCUACACAGUCAGUACUUGCCAGACUUUCUGACCAGUUUUCUUCUCGUCUUUCCACUAACUUCAGAUGUUGCCCAGUUUCUGGUAAUGUCAUUGUUAUGCCCCAAUUUCUCAACCUGAUGAUGACUCUUUGAACUGUGCUCCAUGAAAUAUCUAAAACCUUGGAAACUCUUUUGUGCUUUUCUCUCAAAGAUUUUUGGUUUGUGGUACAUUAAAGGAGGAAAAGGUUCUGACAUGGUUUAUCAUGAUUUCACUUUUUACAUAUAAGCAGGCAUCUUAACAGGGGUCGUGUUUCCACUGUAUCUGUACACGCCACUUUUAGUGCUGCCAGUUUAGUCACCACAGUGGAUCUUACAGCAUCACCAAAAAUGUUAUCUGUACAAGGAAGCGAAGCAGCUCCAACACCUCAAAACCUCUUUCAAAGCCUCAGCUGCACGUUUUACUCAUGGCCAUUGGCAUAUUGAUGGACUUGGAGGAAAGUGGGCUUUUUUCUCCCUUUUUUUCAAAUUAGAAGUUACCCACAAGGUAACUAUUAAUGUAAACGUUUGGUGCUCAGUCCUCUUAAUCAUGCAACUGAACAAUCUUUUCAUGUUUUUUAAAGAGCCAAGUUGCUGCUGAAUUUCUUUACAGAAACCACCACUGACAAGCAAAAAAGUUCAAGACGUUAACAUAUCUGUGUGUUUAUGUUUGUCCAGAAAUUGUUACAUAUUUUUGUUUUUCAGUUCUUAGCAGUCACUGAUAUGCUAAGGGAGGAGCUACCGGUUACUAUUAGAUCCCAAACCUGUCAAACCUGCAACAUGUCCAACAUGGACAGAGCCAGGACAGGGAUGUUGCAUAAAUUACGGGUAGUUCAGGUAACGAGUGAACAACGUAGUUAGUAAAAGAUAAUUUAAAGUUUCACAAGUCGCUCUUUGAUUUACUGUAGACUGUAACCAUAAUCAUACUCACAUUCUUUCAAUUUUUUUCAUUAAAAAACGUCAGGUUUAUGGAGAAGGCAUCACAGCAGUCUCCUGCAAUAAUUAGGUUUGAGGUGUAUUGAUUCACUCAUGUCUGUUUUUGUUUUAUUUCAUCUGCAUUCCUAAAACCUUCAGAGGGGCCUUGGUCUUCUACUGCUACUACACUUAUUAAAUUCUGUGUUCAUAACUUGACAGGGGAAGAAUAAUCAAACUGCUGAUUUGGCUCUGGUCUCUGUCUUCUUUUCAAGCUCUGUGUCUGAGGCCUCAAAGUUGUUUUUUCACACUUAUAGCUGAGAUGGUGUAUUUUUAAGAAGCCGUCUCAAAAAUGUGUAUAAGAGAAUUUCUUGUAUUUUACUUUUUUCUGAAAUUUUGAAUAAAUAAGUAAAUGAGAA